AUGCUCGCCGGAAGUAGAUGAUGUGUCAAAGGUUGAGCACGUUGUUUGGUUUGACCGCCACACGGUGUUUUGAAUGAAUGACGAGUUAACGAAAUAAGAAUUUAAGUGCAGACUGUAAUUACUCUCGUUACAAGAACACGUGCAGGUAUAUGCUGGCUGUGGACAACAGAGAUAACUUAGUCCACUAACGUACAAGAGGCAGAAACAGAUUAAGAAAUGGCUGGAAUCCUCUUCGAGGAUAUAUUCGACGUAAAGGACAUCGAUCCAGAUGGCAAGAAGUUUGACAGAGUAUCUCGUCUACAUUGUGAAAGUGAAUCUUUUAAGAUGGACCUCAUCUUGGAUGUGAACAUUCAAAUCUAUCCAGUAGAUCUUGGUGACAAAUUCAGAUUGGUAAUCGCCAGCACAUUAUAUGAAGACGGAACGCCAGAUGAUGGGGAGUACAAUCCUCAAGAUGACAGACCAUCUCGAUCAGACCAAUUUGAUUAUGUGAUGUACGGGAAGGUUUAUAAGAUUGAGGGUGAUGAGACUUCAACAGAAGCUGCAACACGCCUCUCUGCCUAUGUCUCUUACGGUGGCCUCCUCAUGAGGCUGCAGGGGGACGCCAACAACCUUCAUGGAUUCGAGGUGGACUCCAGGGUGUACCUCCUCAUGAAGAAAUUGGCUUUCUAAAACUCAGCGCUCCCCUCGUCUUCUCAUUGUUCCCACUGUCACACUCUACAUGAAAACCGUACUGAACUGAAUGCAGUGAUAAACUGAGGUUAUAUAGGAGUACUGUUUCUAUUUUAUAUUUACCGAUUGG